AAUCUCUCCCGUUUUCUCCUGGUGGGGCACUGGGAGGGCUGGAGACGUGCUUUGCAUUGGCAGGCUGAUGAGGACACGUGUCUCCUCCCUGCCUCCCCCCCGGGCUCCACGGUACCGCAUUGGCAUCAGUAAAGACACCUGAAAACCGACAACCAACUCCUGGAAACGCUGCCUGCCACCUUAUAACCCAAAAGAAAACGAUAUUAUAGGCCCUACAGAAACCUGUGGCUCGCCUUUCUUCGUGCGUAAAGCUUUUGCGCACACCGCCGAACUGCCUCAGAGACUGAAUAGGUGCGCUACUCGUCAAGCAUCAGAGCGUAGUGCCAAGAUGCAGAAACGGAGCAGCGACGUCUGAAGGUGACAUGAACCUGGGGAUAAUCAAGAGCAGCAGGCGUACCUUGAACAAUAAGUGGAGAUAGCAACUGAAAACCGUCGGUGUCUUGAAACAAAACUUGCGCUUUUCCUCGUGGCUUUAUCUAAUGCAGAAAAUCGAGAGCUGUCAUCCAAAGUAGCCUCACAUUUUGACUGACUGGAGGACGAAAACACUAAUUAAGCUGCAGACAGUUGCAAUUUAGGAGAGGAGCGAAAAAUGGCGACGUUAAUCAGAAGCAAGCUUUCUAAUAAACUGUCAAAUGCAGCCACCACUGUCUCCAACAAAUCCCAGGCGAAGGUGAGCGGGAUGUUCGCCAGGAUGGGGUUCCAGGCCGCCACCGACGAGGAGGGUCUGGGCUUCGCCGCCUGUGAUGACCUGGACUACGACCACCGGCAAGGCAUGCAGAUGGACAUUUUGACAACCGAUGAGAUGGGAGGAGAGGGGAGCGGAGAAGCGCUGGAUGGGGACAGCCACUACCAGAGGGACGGCACCGGUCCACCAAACUCAGCCUCAAAAGACGGAGAUCUGGUGAACGAGUUGACUGAAGCCAAACCAAAAAUCACCGCUUGGGAGGCGGGCUGGAACGUCACGAAUGCAAUCCAGGGGAUGUUCGUUCUUGGUUUGCCCUACGCCAUCCUGCACGGAGGAUACCUCGGACUCUUUCUCAUUAUUUUCGCCGCCGUAGUGUGUUGUUACACGGGGAAAAUCCUAAUUGCCUGCCUGUAUGAGGAGGACGAAGACGGGCAGCUCGUCCGUGUGAGGGACUCCUAUGUGGACAUUGCCAACGCCUGCUGCGCGCCCAGAUUCCCAUCUUUAGGUGGCCAUGUCGUGAAUGUAGCCCAAAUCAUAGAGCUAGUGAUGACUUGCAUCCUAUAUGUGGUGGUCAGUGGCAAUCUCAUGUACAACAGCUUCCCCAACAUGCCUAUUUCCCAGAAGUCGUGGGCCAUCAUCGCCACCAUCGCUCUCCUCCCCUGCGCCUUCCUCAGGAGCCUGAAAGCCGUCUCCAAGUUCAGCUUGCUGUGCACGAUGGCCCACUUUGUCAUCAACGUCCUGGUGAUAGCUUACUGCCUCUCCAGAGCGAGGGACUGGGCCUGGGACAAGGUCAAGUUUUACAUCGAUGUCAAGAAGUUCCCUAUCUCCAUUGGGAUUAUCGUGUUCAGCUACACCUCGCAGAUCUUCCUGCCGUCUCUGGAGGGGAACAUGCAGAAACCGAGCGAGUUCCACUGCAUGAUGAACUGGACUCACAUCGCUGCCUGCAUCCUCAAGGGCCUGUUCGCCCUAGUGGCCUACUUGACCUGGGCUGAUGCAACCAAGGAGGUCAUCACAGACAACCUGCCCUCAACCAUCAGAGCUGUCGUCAACAUCUUUCUAGUGGCCAAAGCUUUGCUGUCGUAUCCGCUGCCGUUUUUCGCUGCUGUCGAGGUAUUAGAGAAAUCGUUUUUCCAGGACGGAGGACGUGCGAUCUUUCCAGAUUGCUACAGAGGCGAUGGACGCAUUAAACCCUGGGGGCUCACUCUCCGAUGUAUCCUUGUUGUGUUCACCUUGCUCAUGGCGGUCUUUGUGCCACAUUUCGCCCUCCUUAUGGGUCUCACUGGCAGCCUGACAGGUGCAGGCCUGUGCUUUCUGCUUCCCAGUCUCUUCCACCUGAGGCUUUUAUGGAGAAAGCUGCUAUGGCACCAGGUCUUCUUUGAUGUCGCCAUCUUUGUAAUAGGAGGUAUAUGCAGCAUAUCUGGGUUUAUCCACUCAAUGGAAGGGCUCGUAGAGGCCUUCAGAUAUAACAUACAAGAGUAAAUGCAAAGCCAUUGCUGGAACUAGAUGUUAACUGCAAAUCCCACCAUUUAGUGAAAAAUGAAAACACGACUUCCCGGCAAGCGCAGCUCUCUGCUUUAUUCAUGCGUAAAAAGCGCGCACACAACACACGCGGACAUUUUCGCACUCAUACAGUCUUGCAUCAAGUCAGAAAAAAUGCGCGCAUACACAGAAAUAGAUCCCGUGGUAGUGAAGGAAUCCAAUGCAUCCACAACACACACAAUACAUGUUGUAAAAAUUUGCGAACAAACGUACAUAUACAUAUUUUCCAGUGGAGUGAACGUUUACAAUAUUGACCUUAAACACAAUUGCAAAAAGGGCAGUUUUUUUUUUCCGUCGCUCUUGUGGUGCUUCCCCACAUGAGUCUUCACUUCAUGUAACGCUAUACGAGUUUAUGAUGGACGGACUUUCGACAGCAUAAUGUGAUUUAAGAUGAGUUUUAAAAGAACAAAAAAAAUAGAAAUGCUACUUUCUUCUAUAGGUAAUUUUCAAUAUGAUUAUGGGCAGUGAAUGUGGUGUUAAGUCCAGAAAAAGCCUGUGGACACACAAGACGGAAAAAUAACACAAUGGCAAUAACCAGCAAUAGAAACACAUGAGUGCAUAUAGAAUAUGUAAAAGAAUAGCGAGGUUUCGUUAGAAAUGAGGAAAUUGGACCUUCCCCGAGCAGUUUAAAAUACUGGAAAUGCAAAAUAUCAAAGUACACAGCAGCUAUAAAAACUAUGCAUUGAAUGUAUGAUCGGCCUAUUUCAGACACACAAAAUAUAAUGAAACUGGGAUAUGGAAAUGACAAUUCCUUCAAAUUUAGAUUAUCCUGCGUGAAAGUGUUAAUGCUUUGAUAUUUUUUGCUCCCAUAUUUUAGUGAGCUUUUAAAUUCGGCAAUAACAUUCACCUGACCUGAGAUACACAUUCAAAGCCCACACCCUGGCCCAAUUUCAGCUAAAUGGGGACCCCAUAUUGAAACCCUACACACUCAAUUUGCCAUAAUGCUUUUUCCCCCCCAUUACAUUUGAAAACACACACGAAAAUUCGGUGUCUGAAAAUCUAAAAAAGAAAAAAGAUUGAAGAGGAAAAUGUGCAUACAGACAUUUUUCAUUCCGUGCAAUCCAAUGGGUCCUGUGGAAAUGUUAUAAAACCGUAUGUGUAGUGUGUUAUUGUGGUUACAAAAAGAUGGAAUGUAUAUCUCAAAGUCGUUAUCAUAUAUCGUGAAAUUAAUAUUAAAGAAUAAAGAAAUAAGUGAAAUUAUAUUGUAAAAAUGUGUGUGGUUUUAUGUAAAACGAAAAACGUUCAGAACAUGUAUUUUUUUUCUCUAUAAUAAAAGACAGAAAAUGAUGAA